GGAACAGUUACGAGACGACGCGACCCGGAGGCGGGGAGGCUGGUGUGCGUUUGUUCAGCAGCGCUGUCUGGGGCUUGGAGAAGCGCGGGUGCUGAGGGAGGCGGCGAGGCCCGGACGCUGGCAGAAGAAUGGAAGGAAUUGUAAUGUGAUGCUAGACUUUGUUGAAGCCACGCCACAGUGUUUCCUGAUUGAGCAUGUUAAAAAAUAAGGGUUCAUCUAAAAAAGGUAACUUAGCAGUCACUGCAGUUGCCUUACAGGACCACAUUUUACAUGAUCUUCAACUUGGACAUCUCUCGGUAGCAGAUCCUUGUAAGACAAAUGUGCAAAAGAAUGAGAACAAGACAAAAUCUCUCAAAAGAGACACAACGGCCAUAAUAGAUACUGGGCUUAGAAAAACUACAGAGGGCCCCAAAGUGGAAGAUCCAGAAAGGGAGUAUGUUCUAGAUCCCACACUGCCGGCGCUAACUUUAGCCCAGAAAUUGGGCCUCUUGCCACCUCCCCCAUUGCCACUGUCGUCAGAUGAAUGGGAGAGAGUGAAGCAGAGAUCCCUCCUACAAGGGGACUCCAUGCAACCAUGCCCGAUAUGUAAAGAAGAAUUUGAGCUCCAUCCUCAGGUGCUGCUUUCCUGCUCACACGUAUUCCACAAGGCAUGCCUUCAGGCUUUUGAAAAGUUCACAAAUAAAAAAACCUGUCCCCUCUGUAGAAAGAACCAAUAUCAAACCAGAGUGAUACAUGAUGGGGCCCGCCUGUUCAGAGUAAAGUGUGCCACCAGAGUCCAAGCCUACUGGAGAGGGUACAUCGUUAGAAAGUGGUACAGAAAUCUAAGGAAAAUAGUCCCUCCUAUGGAUGCCAAGUUAAGGAGAAAGUUCUUUGAGGAAAAGUUCACAGAAAUCAGCCACCGACUCUUGUGCUCAUACAACACCAACAUAGAUGAACUCUUCUCAGAAAUCGACCUCUGCUUGGCUGUAAAUCGCAGCAUUCUUCAGCAGCUAGACGAAAGAUGUGGCCAUGAGAUCACUGAGGAGGAUUGGGAGAAAAUCCAAGUGCAGGCUGCUCACCGGGAGAUCUACGAGUGUUCCAUCUGCCUGACCCCACUCUCUUUCCAUGGUGACUGCCGGCAAGCAGCUGUAGGAACCAGCAGCCAGCGUCCCCGUGAGACAGUCCUCCUGUCCUGUGCACACCUGUUCCACCAUGCCUGCCUCCUGGCCUUGGAAGAGUUUUCCUUGGGAGACAAUGCUCCUUUCCAUGCCUGUCCUCUCUGCCGCUCCUGCUACCAAAAGAAAAUUCUUAAAUGCUGAGUUCAUGUUCAGGAAGUUAAGACUAAAAGGGAGUAAAAAGCCUACCUUGUUUUUGGAUGAGCUGUGGGUUGAGUACUACACUGCUGUAUGUUCUUUGUGAUUACACAAAGGAGAUACAAGGGCCGAUCUAACUGUCACCCUUAUUACAUAAAAAGCAGUUUGUGUAUUGUGAGUUUAGUUACUUGAAAUAAAUGAGGAAUAAUGUUACUUAAAAUAUAGUGUCUGACCAACAGCCAGGAAACUGACAUUCUUAUCCAAUUCAUAAGAAUCUUCCCUUGGUUUUUAUGUAUUCUAAUGUAAUAGAUUAGUAGUAUAGUGAAGUACUUUUAACAUGUAAACUGAAAAAAUAGUGGUCUUCAACAUCCAAACGGGGUAAAUCAAAUGUUAAUGAUGGUGUACAGAAUCCUGAGACAGACAACUGAAAAUCCCUGUAGCCUACAGAAUUGGUGCCAGUGCUCUAAUGCCAAACCCCACAAGUGCUCAAGUCCCUGAUAUGAAAUGGUGCAGUACUUCCUUAUAACUGGCAUACAUCUCUCCACAUACUUUGAAGUCACCUCUAAGUUAAAAUGCUCAGUAUAGUGUAGGUGCUCUGUGGACAGUUGCUGCACUGUAUUACUUGGGAACUAAGGACAG